AAUUUAAACGAAAAUACUGAUAGCUUCUGUUUCACUGAAAUGUACAUUCAAAUAUCGGAUAUGACAUCUAAUCGAUAUAUCGAAUUGUCUCGAUCUGAUAAGACUUGGUAUUCGUAUUGAUUAUUCUUCCGCAAUUGUAGUUGGAAGAAAGAGGUGAUAUGGCGGACACUGCUCCAGCCGCACGUGGAGGCUUUCGUGGAGGGUUUGGUUCUCGUGGAGGAGGUGACCGCGGAGGUCCAAGAGGCAGAGGCCGCGGAGGCAGAGGACGAGGUCGUGGUCGUGGACGUGGUAAAGAGGAUAGCAAGGAAUGGAUCCCAGUGACCAAGCUCGGACGUCUUGUCAGAGAUGGCAAGAUCGACUCCUUGGAACAGAUCUACCUUUUCUCUUUACCAAUCAAGGAGUAUGAGAUCAUCGACAAGUUCCUCGGCGUUGAUUUGAAAGACGAAGUGCUGAAGAUCAUGCCGGUGCAGAAACAGACAAGAGCUGGACAACGUACUCGUUUUAAGGCUUUUGUAGCUAUCGGCGACUACAAGGGCCACAUUGGCCUGGGUGUAAAAUGUUCCAAAGAAGUGGCCACUGCCAUUCGUGGUGCUAUCAUUCUGGCCAAGCUUUCAGUCGUACCUGUACGUCGUGGAUACUGGGGGAAUAAGAUUGGUGAUCCUCACACUGUCCCCUGUAAAGUCACUGGCAAAUGUGGAUCGGUUCAAGUGCGUCUGAUACCAGCACCAAGAGGCACGGGCAUUGUGUCAGCGCCAGUGCCCAAGAAACUGUUACAAAUGGCUGGUAUAGAGGAUUGCUACACCUCGGCCAGAGGAUCCACGUGUACUCUCGGCAAUUUUGCAAAGGCUACCUACGCAGCUAUUGCGAAGACUUACGCGUAUUUGACUCCGGAUCUCUGGCACGAGCAAGCACUAAGGAAAGCUCCUUAUCAAGAAUUCGCGGACUACCUGUCGAAGAACCACAAAGUCGUAGGGCAGAAAAUUGCUGAAGUUGUCUAGAGAAAUAAACGUCCAAGCAAAAUAAAGCGAAGCAUUUGAUUGUAACCAAAA